AUGGCACAGUUAAGAAAUACUCGUUCGGCUGUUCCGAAGUCGGCUGUCCCGAAGUCAGCUGUCCCGAAGUCAGCUGUCCCGAAGUCAGCUGUCCCGAAGUCGGCCCGUCAAAAGUGUAAACAUACAGGAACAAAGUUUGAAGAACUUUCAGCUGAGAUUGUUUUGGAAAUUUUUGAUUAUCUAGUUGCACAUGAAAUCUGUAACUCGUUUUAUGGCCUCAAUAGUCGAUUCAAACAACUUGUAUCGAAUGCAACAAAUGUUCGUCUCAAUUUAACUCGAACAGAAACAAAACUUUUUCGAAUAUUCCAGCAAAUUUUCAAUGAACAACAUGUAAUUUCACUUGAACUUUUAUAUGAAAAUAUCAACUUUUUAGAAAUAUUUUCUCACCCAAAACGAUUACAAUCAAUUGCACUUUAUGAGGUGCCACUUUUUGCAUUCGAAAAUGAAAUACCCGCAUUAUUGGACGCUUUCAAGUAUCAACUGCGAGAUCUACACAUUGUAUUCAGUAACAUGAAAUUCACCGGAUCUGGUGAACGUGCUGCUCAAUCAUUCGGAUAUCUACUCACAGAGUUACCAUUUUUAACAAAUUUAAAAUUGAGAUCUUCGAACGGAGUCAAUUCAAUAACGUAUAUGCCUUCAACAAUUGUUAACAAUACAAUUCGCAGUUUGACAAUUAGCAUACGUGAAAUGGAACGUUUGAUUCCAUUACUUCAUCGAUUCCAAAAAUUAAAAGUCCUUACACUGUACAUUUAUGAAUUCCGUGGAAAAAAGGCACAACCAGCAGAGAAUAUUAGGUAUUAUCGAGAUCAAAUAAGUGAAAAGACAUCAAUGGAAUAUCCUGCAAAAUUCCGUCAUCUCAACUUGCAUACGAUGGCAUAUUUAGGAAGUGUCCAAAAACUGCUCCCAUUGAUUACUCCCCCAACGUUAUUUACUUUGAGCUUUUUUCAUGAGCGAGCACCAGUGAAAAGGCCGAUACCGAGAAGACAACCCCCGUUUCUUGAUGGUACACAAUGGCAUGACAUGUUGAAAACAUUUUUACCCCCAACAAUGAAAAAGUUAUACAUUGAAUACGAUGAUGUCGAUGAUACAAUGUCACGAACAAAUCCAGAACGAGUUAAAAAGGAAUUUAUUCAAUAUUAUGGAGAAAACUUGUUGCGGGAAGUUUUCUUUACGUAUGACAAAGAUACCAAACUGAUGUCUUUCGAUGCACAUUUUAUUUAG